GGAGCUCUCCCUGAGAGAGGUGGAGCCCAGACUGAAGGGGGCAGAGCUAUGUCAAGGGUGGAGCUCAGGCUGGUCUAGGGGUCUGCCACAGAAGGGUUCUCAAUGCUCUCCUGGGAGCUGAAACCUUAUUCUACUCAAAGCAAUUUGGGAGCUACAGGAAGAGACAAGGUAACCUGCGAGUGGGACUCGGGGUCCCACGGACUACAGGUAAAGGGUCUGCUUGGAGGAGCAGCAACACUCAUCAAUGCCAGGAGUCUGAUGUCUUCCCUUACUCAGAUGGAGUAGAAGAGUAUCCGGAAGAGUGACAAUUUUAACUGCUGAACAGGCCAAGGACCUCAUUUGGUGGAGCCCAACUACCUAUUCCCCUACUCCCAGGACUCACCUUGUCCCCCUCUGCUAACCUCCCCUUAUCCUCCCCCCCCCCAACAUUGCACCAGGGAGAGCAGGAGGGGAAAGGGAAGAGGAGAGCCACUGACCGCAGCAGAAAGGAAAAGGAAGCAGCACAAAGGAGGGAGGAGAGAAACCACAAAGGAGUAGGGGAGAAGAGAGAAGGCAGGAGCCAGGAGAGGGGAAGAUCCUGAGGGAAAGGAGGUGAGAGAGAAGGAGCAAGAGGACAGAGGGAAGCCAGACACCCAGAGGAGGGGGAUCCCCCGGCCAGGGUGUGUGGCCAGAGGGCGGGGAGUAGAGGGGGCGGUCUAGGUCAUGUCCCACGGGAUCUACUACGACUGUGAGCAACGAGGAGGCCAAUCGCUCGAGUUCCCAGGCAGCCGAACUGGGCCCGCGGAGCUAGGAGAUAUGUGUGACCACGAGGCCUCCAUCGACCUGUCAGCCUACAUUGAAUCCGGUGAGGAACAGCUCCUCUCUGAUCUUUUUGCUGUCAAACCACAACCUGAGCCUCGUGGCCUCAAGGGUCCUGGAACUCCUGCCUUCCCUCACUACCUCCCGCCAGACCCCAGGACCUUCGUCUAUCCUGCCCACGCCUUUGGCCCUGACCGGAAGGGCUUAGGGCCCAACGCCUAUAGCCCUGCGGAGGGAUAUGAUCCCCGGGCAGUGUCCGUGAAAGAAGAGCCUCGGGGGCCCGAGUGCGGAAGAAGCUCUAGUCGAGGUAGCUACAACCCACUGCAAUACCAGGUGGCACACUGUGGGCAGACUGCAAUGCAUCUGCCGCCAGCUCUGGGAACACCCAACCAGCCCCUUCGAGUCCUCAAGGGCCCCCUGGCUGCCGCGGCUGCCCCUCCCUGCAGUCCUCUUCUCAAGACUCCCUCUCCCGCCGGGCCUCCCCAUAAGGGCAAGAAAGCGGUGAACAAGGACAGCCUGGAGUACCGACUGAGGCGGGAGCGCAACAACAUCGCGGUCCGCAAAAGCCGGGACAAAGCCAAAAGGCGCAUCCAGGAGACGCAGCAAAAGGUGCUGGAGUACAUGGCCGAGAACGAGAGGCUCCGCAGCCGCGUAGACCAGCUCACCCAGGAGCUCGACACCCUGAGAAACCUCUUCCGCCAGAUCCCCGAAGCUGCCAGCCUCAUCAAGGGAGUGGGCUGUGGCUGAACCCCAAGGCUGAUGGGCAGAGGAGCGAUUCUCUCGACUUCUCAACCCUCUGUAUUCCUAGGAGGAAGCCCUCAACUCAGCCUGGGCUUUCUUCCUACAUAGAGGGUACGGUGGAUGCCCUCAGAAAGACAGAAGAGACAGAACUAGCUGCCGAGCCGGUCCCAAGGCAUUUGGGCAGCACCCUGGGCAGGGUUUGAAGAUUGCACUUCCCCUAAUUACUAUACUAAAAUACUGCAUCCCUUGUCCUCAGAGGUUUUUAGCCUUCCCUGUAACAUAAAUGACAACGCACGGCAAAAAUAAAUACUUAUGUGAUAUAUACCUAAAUAUUUCCUGUCAUUAAACAAAGAGAUUUAUUAAAA